AUGACUUCGAGAGACAUCACUGAAUCGCAAAAUACAUUGCGUUUCUUAAAUGUAGUCGAAGAAGAAUCACUCGAGAUGAUUUCAUCCAUCGAAGAUUAUGAAAGCACGCCAGUCGUUUCUCUUCAUCAAGCUAUUCUUCCACUCACUUCAGUUGUACCCGAAGUCGAACGCAUGGUUCAAAUAAUAAAAACCAAUUGUGGUGAACCGAGGGAUGGUUUGAGCCGAGAUGAAUCAAAUUCUAUUCGAUUAUAUACUUUAGAAUGGCAACCUUUACAAAGCUCUGUACAACAUCUUCUGAACAAAACACUUCGUUCUGGCGAUAGACAGCAAUUAAGACCAUGGCAUCUUUUCUUGCGACUUCUUCUAACAGCUCUAUUACAUUUGCCGUCCACUCCUCUUAUUGUUUUUCGAAGUGCCAACAUGGAUUUGUCAAGUAAAUAUGCAGUCGGGAAAACUAUCACAUGGUGCGGAUUUUCGUCCUGUGUAAAAAGAACGAAUCAAUUAGAAAAACAUCUUCAUCUCAACUGGGCUGGGAGAAAAACGUUGUUUCUCAUUAAAUGCUACUCGGGAAAAGACAUCCAUCAACAUUCCAUGCACGACAAUGACAACGAGGUGUUGCUGCCUCCUGCUCGUCAAUUCAAUGUUGUAAGUUCCAAAGGACGAGGAAAAGGACUUUGCGUGAUCGAGUUAAAUGCAAUCGAACCAGCAUGGUCGAUUCGUAAUGUUCAAUUUUCAGCAGUUUCAACAGUUUCCUUAUCAAGAAAAUCUCUUCCAGCUGCAUUGCCAAAUCGCAAGUUAGAAGAGCGCCUGGCAAGUUACCAUUCAAGAAAUGCAGAAAUUGAUUUAAAAUCAAUGCGAUUAACAGAUGUAGACAUGGAUAUCAUAGUCAGUGAAUGUAUUAUCAAGAGACAAUGUUCAGACCUGAUUUUAUCAGACAACAAAUUUACAUCCAAUGGAAUCGUAACGCUCUCCCUUUCACUUCGUAAGAACGAGUCACUUAUGAAACUUGAUCUCUCCGAUAACAAAAUAGCUGGUGACGGAGCUCACUCAUUGUGCGAAGCUUUACGAACAAAUACAACACUCACUGCACUCCAUCUUUCCAAUAACCAAAUAGGCAACAAAGGAGUUGAAAGGUUGAGUAUACUCUUAAAAACAAACACGGCACUUGCUAUUCUUGAUCUCUCUAAAAACUCAAUAACCAAUAGCGGAGCUCAGACAUUGAGUGAAGCUCUUACAUUGAACACAGUGAACCGAAAUCAUCUAUUUAUAUGA